AACGGGUGGUGUGGAGUGAGGGUUUGUUGAGAAAAGGAGGAAGCACAGUGCUGUCGAGGGAAGAGCCAUGAACUGGAAGCCAGGUUAGGCUAGCUUCUCUUCCACAGGCCUCAGUUGCCCCUUGUGUGAAAUCUGCAUCCGUGGUUCCCAGACCUAGUUGUGCGCCCUGGUCACUUGAGACUUGAAAAAGAUGCUGAAGCCUGCGCCACAGCCCUCCUAAAUCAGGGGUGGGGCCUAGGAACCUUCUCUUUUUAUAAAGGCAUUUUCUGAGGUGAUUCUAACGAGGAACAAGUUUGCCAGUCACUAAACCACAUAAUCCCUCAGGACCCUUCCAGCUUUAUCAUUCUAUACUUCAUUAAUGAGUACCGAGCUUCUCAGCUGUAAUAUUUCCACUGGAGCCGUCUGAAGAAUCACCUUAGGUUAUUUACAUCUGCUGAAGAAACGUUUUCACACUGUAAGUCUGAGCAUCAAUUUAAUAUUGAUAACAUGGUCCAUAAACAUGGACUUGAAUUUUAUGGAUACAUUAAACUAAUAAAUUUUAUUAGACUUAAGAAUCCUACAGUUGAGUAUAUGAAUUCCAUAUACAACCCAGUGCCUUGGGAGAAAGAAGAGUAUUUGAAGCCAGUAUUAGAAGAUGACCUAUUACUUCAGUUUGAUGUAGAAGAUCUUUAUGAACCAGUGUCAGUGCCAUUCUCAUACCCCAAUGGACUCAGUGAAAACACAUCUCUUGUUGAGAAGUUGAAACAUAUGGAAGCCAGGGCACUGUCUGCUGAAGCUGAAUUAGCUAGAGCACGUGAGGAUCUGCAAAGAAUGAAACAAUUUGCUCAGGAUUUUGUGAUGAACGCAGAUGUCAGAACCUGCUCGUCAUCUACUGCCAUCGCAGACCUCCAGGAAGAUGAGGAUGGUGUUUAUUUCAGCUCAUACGGGCAUUAUGGGAUACAUGAAGAAAUGCUGAAGGACAAAGUACGAACAGAAAGUUACCGAGAUUUUAUGUACCAAAAUCCACAUAUCUUCAAAGACAAGGUAGUUCUGGAUGUUGGUUGUGGAACUGGAAUUCUCUCUAUGUUUGCAGCUAAAGCUGGGGCAAAGAAGGUUCUUGGAGUUGAUCAGUCUGAAAUACUUUACCAGGCAAUGGAUAUCAUAAGACUAAAUAAACUUGAAGAUACUAUUAUACUAAUUAAAGGAAAGAUUGAAGAAGUUUGCCUUCCUGUAGAAAAAGUAGAUGUUAUUAUAUCUGAGUGGAUGGGCUAUUUUCUUCUUUUUGAGUCUAUGUUAGAUUCUGUCCUUUAUGCGAAGAACAAAUACUUGGCAAAAGGAGGAUCGGUCUACCCUGAUAUUUGCACUAUCAGCCUUGUGGCAGUAAGUGAUAUGAAUAAACAUGCUGACAGAAUUGCUUUUUGGGAUAAUGUUUAUGGCUUCAACAUGUCCUGUAUGAAGAAAGCAGUUAUUCCAGAAGCUGUUGUGGAAGUUUUAGAUCCGAAGACUCUUAUUUCAGAUGCUUGUAGUAUUAAGCAAAUAGAUUGCCAUACAACAUCUGUCUCAGCUUUGGAAUUUUCUUCAAAUUUUACCCUGCAAAUUACAAAGACAUCCAUGUGCACGGCAAUUGCUGGCUACUUUGAUAUAUAUUUUGAGAAGGAUUGUCACAGCAGGGUCGUGUUCUCCACGGGCCCCCAGAGUGCCAGAACACACUGGAAACAAACAAUAUUUCUAUUGGAAAAGCCAUUUUCAGUUAAAGCAGGUGAAGCCUUGAAAGGAAAGAUCACAGUCCACAAGAAUAAGAAAGAUCCACGUUCUCUCAUUGUGACCCUCACAUUGAAUAAUUCAACUCAAACUUAUGGUCUCCAGUGAAAAGACGACAAAAAGCACAACUAACUUGCGGUUUUUAGUAUGGGGGUGGGUUAUGGGUAGGGAGUGGAGAGAGGGGGUUUUAUGUGAGCAUGUGGAUGGAUGAUGGAUCCUUUCCUAAUGAGUCUCCUCAAUACUAGAGACACAUGGUAGGAAUCUGAUAUAAUUCAGCUAAGGAAAGGAACAACAGAUCCUAGUGGACCACCUACAUAAUCACAGUCUUGGAAGUCCAGUCAGCAAGAUUUUACUAAAUGUAACCAUUAUAUUGAGUUUAGCUAUACUGAAAAUCAUUUAAAUAGGCCUAAAUUUGAAACAGAGAUAGUCUUUUGUUGUUUUUAAUGUUUCUUGCUAUAAAUUUUAAACACUAGUAACUGAUUAGUUAUUUAGAUAAUGUUUUAUUAAACUAGUAACUACACAAGCUAUUAUACAUUUUAUUGCAGAUUUCUACUCUGAGGAGUAGUUUUUAAUUGUAUUAUUUGCUAGAAUAUCAGAAUAUAAUUAAAGAACAAGUGGGAGGGACUAAAAUAUGGAAAAGAAUGUCACACAGAUCAUAUUUGAAAGACAGCUUAGUUGAUUAUCCUCUAGUUCUGAACUUCUUGUUUUGUAGCUUCUUUUCUCUUUGCAAAUAUUCUUUCACCAUACAAUUUUCUAGUACUGCCCAGGAAAUCUUAACAUCAAUAUAUGUAUCCUAGGUUUCAUACAAGUUUUUAAAGGUUGGGCAAAAUAAGUACUUAUUUACAAAUAUGUUAUCUUUUUCAAACUAGAUUUAUGUGCAGAGUUAAACAUGUAACUGUUAGUAUACCUACAGUUGUGUUAUUUACAGUUAUUGACUCAAUUUGAAAUGCAGAAUAGAAAACAUUCAAUAAAAUAUGUACAACUAUUAGCAUUAUAAAAUGGUAUUUUAACAUACUAAAGCCUUUUAUAAAAUCAGAAGCAUUUAAAACAAGUCUUAACAAAGGAAUCAUCGUUAAGAAAACAGAUUUAAGGACAACUAGGUUAUAUACUUUUUUUCAGUUAACAGCUGGUUCUUUUUCAAACUAAGACAUACACAAGGCAGCAUAGCGUAGUGUUGAGCAGUGUGAGCUCUGGAGUCACUGCCUAGGUGCAGGCUCUGGUGACAGCUCUUACUUGCUAUGGGAUCUCAGUCAUGUUCCUUAACCUCUCUCUCCCUUUGUGAAUGUGCCAGUUCAUGAGUUAAUACAUUUCAACUACUUCAGUCAGUGGCUGGCACAUAGAAGACACUCAGUAAAUGCUAGGUGGUUGUAUCAUUAGGCAGUCAAGGAUCCCUUUCAUGGAAUAUGUGCUAUCUACGUUAGAUUCGUUGGGGAAUCGAAUACUACCCUUAAGUACAUGAAUGGGUGGGAAAAUUUUAACAGAAAUUAAUAUUUAAUAUAGCAAAAACUAUUUUGAAAAUUGUCUCUUGGUCUUAGAAAACUGGACUACUAGCAAUGGGAAAAUUAACCCCUUCAAAUGAUGUAUUUCAGACCAUCAUCUUUUAAGUCUUGUUCUUAUAUAAGCAUGAUUUCUUUUUUCACUGGGGUUAAACCAGCCAACUUGUUUUUGAUUUAGAACAUUAAUAGAAAUAUGUGGUGCUUAUAAUACAGCUCAAAGUACUUUAAAUUUUGUCUGGAAUGACUUCAUGUACAAAUUUGAGUGUGGAAGAGUGAUAAAAAUAAGGAACCCCUGUGAAAAGAUUUAAUGGGUUUUUAAAGUAACCAAAAACUGUCUAAUUUUUUUGCUUUAUUUUUCUUUCAUGUAAGUGCAUAACAAAAUAUUUUUUACUAUUUAAAAAAGUAUUUCUCAAAAAUGAUUUUUUUUUUAAAAACUCUUGUUAGAUUUGCCUAGGAUUUUCACCUAGUGGCUCUUUUGAUUUUCUCCUGGUUAUAAAUAGGCCAACCAUAGUUGGUAGAUCUCUGUUCUUUUCAGUUUGCCUUCCCAGGCUGAAACAUUCUAAUGUGUGCCAAACAUUUUAAGAGAACAUGAGAAUCCAGAUGUUAGCUCUUUGAUUAGAAUUUCAGCCGUUAAACUGCUACAAAAAAUUAAAACUUCAUAGCCUAUGACAAUGAUACACUGUCCUUUCAUGCUGUGACAGAUGUACAUUUAUGGAUAGCAAACUACUCUGUGCCAAGGAUUUUAUUUCAUUUCCAUUAAGAAAAUACAUUUUCCCUCCUGUU